UUCUCAUUCUGAUAAUUAUUAAUUAUUAUUUACCUUCAUUCUUUCAGAAUAAUAAUAUUUGAACGGACGGAAACGAUGGCCUGUCAUUGGCGAAUCAAACCGCGGGCAAUUCCUCCACUUUGACACACGAUGCCUCCAAGCCAUCCCCAUAUUCCAUCGGCUUCUUCCAUCUCGUGCGUGAUAAGGCUGUCUUGCUUUUCUUUCAUCCUAGCAUUGCUUCUUCCGCUGAUCUUCACUCAUCCUCAUACUCUCCAUAAAUAACCCCCCUGUCAAUUUGCGGAAAUGUCAUCCGACUGGCUGAUUCCCGAAACUCGGGUCCUCGCCGUCGCAAGUCAUGUCGUCUAUGGAUAUGUCGGAAAUACAAUGGCAACCUUUGUCAUGCAAUCCCUGGGAUGCGAAGUCGCGGCCUUGAACACUGUGCAUUUCAGCAAUCACACUGGCUACAAACAGUUCAAAGGAACCAGGGCAACCGCUCAAGAAAUCAAUGAUCUUUAUCAAGGCCUCAACCAGAGCCAUCUCACAGAUUUUGAUGUCAUGUUAUCGGGGUAUGCACCCAGCGCUGCUGCGGUAGAGGCUGUUGGGUCCAUUGCGUUGGAUUUGCGACGAAAGGCUGAAAACAAGCCCGGUUCUUUCUUUUGGGUUCUUGAUCCUGUCAUGGGAGACCAAGGCCGGUUGUAUGUCAACGACGAUGUCGUCCCAGCAUACAAACAGGCCAUUCGUCAAGCCGACCUGAUCCUUCCCAAUCAAUUCGAAGCCGAAGUCCUAUCCGGAAUCAAAAUCUCCUCCCUCAGCACCCUCGCAAAAGCCAUCACCGUCAUCCACAACACAUACAACGUCCCCCACAUCAUCAUCACCUCGGUGCAUCUCUCCGAACUCUCCCAAUCAACCCCUACCUCCUAUUCUAACGCCCUAACUAUCAUCGGUUCCACCACUCGCUCAGAUGGAACCCCACGACUGUUCCGCAUCGAUGUCCCCGCGCUGGACUGUUACUUUAGCGGCACGGGAGACAUGUUCGCUGCGCUGACCGUUGCUCGUCUCCGUGAGGCUGUCGUUGCUGCGGGCGCGGGUCUCCAGACUACCAAGUCCUGGGUUUCGCCGGAUGAUGUCAAGGCAACUGAUCUCCCCCUCGCUCAGGCUGCAGUAAAGGUGUUGGCGAGUAUGCACAGUGUUCUUGAGAAGACCAUGGAAGCACGCAAUGCGGAGCUCCGUGUGCUGGCUGCCCAGGACGAGAACACACAGGGACUCAGUGAGGAGGAAAGACUAAAGCAACAGCACCUGCGGGAGAGCAAAGCAGCCGAGGUGAGGUUGGUACGGAAUGUACAAUUCCUGCGUCAUCCAACGGUUGAUUUCCAAGCGCAGGAAUGGAAGGAGGAAGAUAUUCCGGCUCAACUCUAAUAGAAUGUAUCUUUUUAAAUUAGAAUAGAUGAGAAAAGAUAUGCAACAAUUAUAUGCAUUGUACUGAUACCAGUCAAGGUAACAAAAAUGUAUCCAGAUAAAC